AUGUCUGCGACUAGUCAUACUCCCUGCUCUUCUGAUCCUCAUAUCGUCGAGCGCGGGACAGACUCUGAGUCGCAUAAUAACACUUCUCAGCCCACCCCAGCUCGUCGAAAGACACCCACACCUGGGAGCCACGUCGGCGCAGCAGAUACCAACACCCCGUUUCGCUCUGGGUCAGCGCAGCGGACAAAGGAAAGCGCUGGCAACUCUCGAUCAAUCUCACAAGCCUCACGUAGUCACCAUCCGGCCAGCAACAGCACGCCUGCGGGCGCACCUAAUUCCACUCAGCCGAACAUGGGCAAGUACCUUACGGACGAGAUGCAUGGCGGUAUUUUUUGCGACCCAAGGUUUGUCGAGAAUUUUCUAGCGCCUGACGAGAGGCACAAAGCGUUGGUGGAGCAGGCUACCAGCCCAAGACCUGGCAAGUUCAACAGCGUUUUGCCGAAGAAACCGUCAGGGGAGCGCCGGCUGUAUGGACUCAUCAUGAAUGUUCUUAACGAAAUCAAGACGUCAGUUGACGACGUGCGGGGAAACCACGGACUUGGAACGUUAGGACCAUUAUUCCUCGACCAUCACGAUACCAGCUUUCAGAGCGAAGACCCCGAGAUGUCACGCAUCAAGCCGGACUUGGUCAUGUUCGAAGAUGCAACCAAGUCCUGGGAGACGCUCGCGAUGCCGAUCGAGGUUAAGUCGAAGCAUACGUACCUCAAGGUUGGAAUGAACCAGCUCGCACGAUACGCCCGAGGAAUAUUUGCUCAUCAGAUCCAUCGACGCUAUGUAUUCGGCUUGGUCAUCUGUCGGUGGGCAGCGACGUUUGUACGGUUCGACCGAAGCGGGAUACUGCACUCGAAGCCGAUCGACAUGCGAGCCGAGGCUGAUAGGUUCGAACGAGCCUUCGCAGGACUGAUGAUGCUGGAUCGGGACCAAUUUGGAUACGACACGGCAUUCACUGUGCAGGUUACAGAGGAAGGGCAGAGAGAGUACUACCUGGACCUUCCAGCUGAGGCUGUUCCUGCUGCCCAGAUAGGAUCGGAGCCUGCGCCGGCUCCCGAGCUUGACACCACUAGCCACCCAGACGCAGAUGCCAACGAUGCUUCGUCGGAGAAGGCUCCCAAGGCUCGGCAGCUCCCGCCUCGACGGUUCAAGGUGAUGCAGCGUCUAUGUCAUCGCAAAUCGAUCCGGGGCCGUGCGACCAUCGUCCUUCGCAUACGAGAGGUCCGAGAAUGGAAUCAGCAACAAGAGGGUGUGCGACGGGGCCCGGCGCGAUCCGCGAAAAAGCCAGAGGAGCGCAAGUGGCAAGAGGUCCCUGGAGCGCGCGACUAUAUCCUGAAGAUGAUGUGGCGAGAUCCAAAGAAAAGGCCGGAAGGGGAGGUGCUGAAGCUGCUGGGCAGAGCUUAUGGACUAACAAGGUACCGGUGGCACAGCGAUAGACUGAAGCAAGGUGGUGCUUGCCACGAGCCGUCCGCUACGACUUGCAAGGAGUGUCAUGAUAUAACGCCUUCGCCACCGAUGGAGCAAGCAUCCAACCUGGAGAGCCUCGACGUACCGGUCCCAGAAGAUGGAGGCAAGCAACCACCCAAGUACAUCGAGGUCGAUACAGAUCAUUACACGAAGCUGUUGACAUACCGGAUGUCUCGCAUAUAUACCUGGAUGCUGCUCGAAUCGGUAGGUCGGCUGCUGUGGACGGCAAAAGACACGCGCGAACUACUUGAAGCCAUGCUGGACGGCAUCUUAGGGUACUGGCAUGCGGUGAACCAGGGAAUACUGCACCGUGACAUCAGUGACGGGAAUGUACUUAUAGAUGAUUCUGGAGAUGGCGAUCACCAGCGUGACUCGCAGCCAGACAACGCGACCACAGCGGAAGAUGCCCAAUGCGAUACUCAAGCGGAGAGCAGUAUAGCGAGUGACAGUCAUCCCAUGGCCAAGUCUCGCCAGGCGCUCCAGGUCACACUUGACAAGCUUGGACGCGAACGAGACAUGCGCGGGUUCCUUGGCGACUACGAUCUGUUCACGACCCACAGCAAGAUGGGGCCCGAGUUCUUUGGCGAGUCGUUCAAGCGGGGAUGGGACGAUGAGUCUAACUCGGGAGCGGAAGAUGACGGCGAUGCGAUCGAAGCAAAGCCUGAUGCUAAGAGGCGCAAAUUGAACAACGACCAACUGCCUUCGAAAUCCAGCGGUGGCAACUCAAGGGAACCGGCUCGAUCAGGUGUUGCAAGUGGAUCGGCUACUGGUCUAGGAGUCAAGAGGUACAAGAGAAUCGACUUCCGCACGGGGACGCCUACUUUUAUGUCAAUUCGAGUACUCCGUGUUGAGAUUGGAACACCUUACGUGCACCACUUCAUGGACGACCUACAGUCGUUCUUCUGGCUGUUGUUAUGGUGUGUCGUUGAACACAGGGAUAUUAACGAUGGCAAGAACGGAACUGCUGUUCAGCCAACACGGAAGGCUGAAGAGUUACUGGCAAAACUGGACCGUGCGGAUUCGGACUUUGGUGUACUCUGUGACUCAAAGGAAGCAAUUCUAACUGGGUGCACAAUGGGUGAAUUUCGAUACGCAUUGGAAGCUUGUGGGAAUAGUUGGGCCACCAACUCUAUCAUUAUCAAGACUAUCCUCCGAUUGGGUAGUUACUUCUCUGACUCGCGUUAUCUUCGAAACUUUUCCCAGUACCCACCCGAGAAGGUGUUUCCAGAAAUUGUCGAGAUCUACACAAAGGCCUUGCACGAGAUGAGCUCUUCCGGCGCUGGCGUUGUUUCGCAUAAUUAG